AUGUCUGCUAAAGGUUACGCCAUUCACGACACCACAAAGUGGAAUGAUUUCAAGCUCAUUUCGUAUGACCUUAAAACUGCAGGCGAUUAUGACAUCGACAUAGCAAUAACUCACUGUGGAAUCUGCGGCUCUGACCUGCAUACUAUAAAGGCGGAGUGGGGAAAGCCAGACCUUCCCGUUAUUGUUGGACACGAGAUUGUUGGCACGGUAUCUGCUGUCGGACCUAAAGUGACCGAGUUCAAGAUCGGUGAUCGAGCAGGUGUCGUGCGUCAUCUUGCAUCAUCAUUUGCCUCACCACCUCGAAUCGCACUGACACAUGCUUCCGAAGAGAACUGCAAGAACGACAACGAGAAUUACUGCCAUGAUCUGAUCGACACAUACAACGACAGAUACCCCAAUGGUGACAAGACGACCGGUGGGUUUGCCACGGCUGUACGCGUCCACGAGCGCUUCGUCUUCCCCAUCCCGGAUCAACUUCCGUCCGAGAUCGCAGCACCUAUGCUCUGCGCCGGCCUCACAACCUACUCGCCACUUGUCAGAAACGGUUGCGGGCCUGGAAAGAAAGUCGGUGUCAUAGGCAUCGGUGGCUUGGGCCAUUUUGCCAUCAUGUGGGCGAAGGCACUUGGCGCAGAAGUAUAUGCGCUGACCCGUAGCACGGAUAAGGACGACGAUAUCAAAAAGCUGGGUGGCGACUAUAUCUUACAUACUGGCGAAGCAGACUUCGCGGACCCGUACCGAGGGGAAUUGGAUAUCAUCAUUAGCACCGCAAAUGUUUCUGCUGGCUUCCCGCUCAAAAAGGUGCUCACUCUCCUCGCCGUAGGUGGGCACCUAGUAUGCGUCGGAUUGCCCGAAGAACCUUUGCCUGAGAUCGCGGCCUUUGACCUUGUCAACGGGUGCGCCAUUGCCGGAUCAUAUCUUGGUAACAAGAGAGAGGCCAUAUCGAUGCUCGAACUGGCAAGCAAGCAAGAUCUGCGUAGUUGGAUCGAGGUCUUGCCUAUGAGCAAGGCUACAGAAGCCGUUGAAAAGGUCGACAAGGGCGACGUGCGUUACAGGAUUGUGCUCCAGAAUGACAUCGACUCUUCUGAGUAA